AUGCAACAACAACAGCAAGAAGUACAACAAGUUUUUCAACAGCAGCAACAACCCACCACCGCCUCCUCCUACCUAGACCUGGGAAUCACACUCGCCAUCAACAGCUGGCCGGCAAUCAACCUCGCCGUGCAAUCCAACUGGGGCGGUCCCACAUCCGCAGACAAACGCGACUGGCUCUGCGGCGCGAUCUCCGAGAUGCUGAGCGAACGACCCGAGACAGACGCCGAGGAUCUCGAGGACGUGCUGAUCCAGGUGAUGAAUGACGAGUUCGACGUCGUGGUGGAUGAUGAGAGCGCGGCGUCGGUGGCGGUGCAGAUUAUGGAAAUGAAGAUGCAGACGGAGAGGGGCGAGUUCGGUGCUAUUCAGGAGAUGUGGGAGACGUGGCAGAGGAAGAGUGCGCAGAAGGGGACGAAUGCAGCGACUGGGUUCAGGAAAGUGGAGGCCAAUGAUGAGGAUCAGGAGACGGACGAAGAUGAUGAGGAUGGUGAGGAGGAGGAUGUGGAUAUGGGAGACGCGCCGGCGUUGGUGAGAGUUCCGAAGGAUAAGGUUGAACCGGAAGUUGAUGAGGACGGGUUUACGAAGGUGGUUGGGAAGAAGAGGCGGUGA